AUGGCGGGUUUUAUCCAUUCACAAGAAUCGUCACCUAAAACGAGCAUUUCUCAAUCUUCCUCUGUCGAGGACUUCCAUUCUCACCAUGAGUCACACGCUUCGCCUCUCCAGCGUCUGAAGAAACGGUGGAAGCACAUUCAAAAGAAGUGGGGGCCUCUCAUGGCUGCCAAAGAGAACUGGGAUGACGAGUACACUUUCCCGUCGGGCCGAUAUGCUGGACAAGGGAUAUAA